AAUGCAGCACGGACUAGUAACGAACAGAGACCCAUGCAUGGCAGUCUAACAUGGAGCGUGGUUUUCCAUUUUGGAGUGUAAGCCCUACAGCAAAAGUAUAUUCGGAUAUUACCAUUAAAUAUUUUCGUUGAUUAACGUCUGGAUACCUCUUAAACAAGGAUGAUGGAGCACGAUCUGUUCAAUUGACAUCCAACAAUGGCAUCACCACCAGUGACAGCACCUCCACCACCACCACCUCCCCCUCCUCCUCCACCACCCCCUCCUCCUCCACCACCCCCUGGCCAAUUCCCUGGUGGAGAUCAAUUUACCCGAGGGCCGCUGCGGGCCUCUAAAAUGCGUAAUUUUAAUUGGGAGGCCAUACCUAAGGACACAGUGCUGGGCAAACAUAACAUAUGGACAGCGGAGAAGAACAGGGAGUUCGAGUUGGACACAAAACGUAUGGAGGAGUUGUUCAGCCGCAAUGACCAGAACCAGGUCCAGGCCGCACAUCGCCGGAGCAUACGUCUCUCCCCGAGCAAUGCACCAGGACCUGAAGUGGUGUCCAUUCUCAAUUCCAAGAAGAACAUGAACAUUGGAAUUUUCCUCAAGCAGUUCAGAAGGUCCGUGAAUGGAAUGAUAGAUGACAUAAUCAAAGGCAGAGGCGAAGGAUUUGUGACUGGGAAACUAAAGGAGUUGUGCAAACUACUGCCAGAGGAUGGAGAGGUGCGACAGCUUCUUGCUUUUAAAGGAGACUACACAACUCUGUCUGAGGCAGAUCAGUUCAUGGCACAACUUGUCAAAGUUCCAUGCUACGAAGAACGGUUGAACAGUUUAGUCCUCAAAGAGGAGUUUCCCCAUUUCAUGGAUGAGGCGAAUAACUCUAUUGCAGUCAUGACUGCUGCUGGAAAAGAGCUGUUGGAAUGCGUCGAUCUACAUUCUGUCAUCCGGCUGGUGUUGAAGACAGGAAACUACAUGAACUCUGGAGGGUACGCUGGCAGUGCUGUGGGAUUUCGGAUGACUUCUCUUCUCAAACUUGCUGAUACCAAAGCCAACAAGCCUGGAAUGAAUCUCAUGCACUAUGUUGUGAUGCAAGCCCAGAAGAUAGACGCAUCUUUGUUGAACUUCACAGAGCAACUAAGUCACAUUGGAGAUGCAGCAAGGAUUCACAUACAAGAAAUUGAGACAGAGUUCCAAAAGGAAGUGAGCAAAGUCCAGGUGUCAAAGCAGAAUGCUGACAAACAGCCUGAUCUUCAAGAACAGAUGAGGGAUUUUUUGCAGUAUGCAGAGACCAGGUUACAGGUGACUGAGGCUUCUUUCCAGACUCUUGCUGCUGUGAGUGAGUCUGUAGCAGAGUAUUUCUGUGAGGAUCCCUCUCAGUUCAAACUUGAGGAGUGUUGCUCCAUUUUUUACUCUUUCUGUCAGAAGUUCAAACGAGCAGUUCAGGAGAACCUUGAACGAGAAAUGGCAGAGGUAAAGCGCAGACAACGAGAGCGUGUUCAGUGUGCUGCCAAGCGACGCUCCACCGCCACCUGCUCCAUGCGAGACAAAGACAUAGAAGGAGUUGCAUUGGAGUCCGUCCUGCAGAAGUUUAUCAACAAUAGCUCAUCCCGCCGCAGGGCUGGGACUCCGUCACCCACACAGGGAAGCAUUUCUGAGAUCACCUCGCAGGAGAACUGCCCUGCCAACAACCGAGAGGUCAAGAGGAAUAGCUGGCUAAAAAGUGUCUUGGCUGCGGAGUACAAUAAUAAGAAUGUUUGUGAGGAGGGGCCGCCCAAGCCACCAGAGAUCACGAUCUUGAGCCCUGGGGCUAGUACCAACUUGUCCAUCAAUAAGCGAGUCUCUGUGACCAUUGAGCAAGAUGAAGAAGAGGCCCAGACUGAGACAGAUGUGCAGAAUAUGAGAGAGCUGUCACGUAGGGUUUUACGUUUCCAGUCCAGAGGCAGCGCUUCGUCUGGUGAGGCCCUGUCACCAGUUCAGUCACCCAGGCAGCUGGUCUUCCAGGAAGACAGGAAACAGCUUCUGAUCGUGUCCAUACAAGAAAAUACUUGUACAUUUGAAGAAAUGACUUCUAAAAGCAUUAACACAUUGGAACUACUUCAGACCAACCAGAUUAUCAAUCGCCGGCACACAAUCGCACUUCCCAAAGCCAGUAGUGGAAACAUCAGUGAGGAGGACCUAUUCAUUCCUGGUAAUUUGAAGGGAACUCCAACUCCCCCUAUUGGUAGUAUUGGUAAAAUGAAAUCUGUGGAUUGCAGUAUGCUCAUUACACAACGCUUGACAGAGACAAUAAAAGAUUCCUGUGCCAAACCACUUAAAUCUCAAGAGGAAUCACAAUUAGCUGACUCAUCACAAUUACAAUCAGCUGAGUCAGAGGCAAAGACUGAAGAGACAGUGCGUAGCUUGCAAUUUGGUAAUGGGAAAAAACUAAACAACCAAACCAUAUCACCCAAAAGCACUAAAGAGACCUUCAGCUUUAUGUCUUUAUUUAAACGUAUGCGUGGAAAAUCAAACAGCAAAGAGCUUGAUUGCGAUAGUGUGGACCCAUGAUGAGAAGUCAUGGGUUUUUACAAACACAGCUCUACAUUUAUUCAAAUUCUGGAUGUGGAAUGUUGCAUUUGUGGGAAUUAAAGCGUGUAAUUUCUGCACCACCAAAUGAAAUUACAAAAAUAAACAUUGUUUUCUAACAUCUUCUCCAAAUACGCCUUUGAUCAAAACAAGAGGAUGCCCCCAACUCACACCAUUGGUUGAGUCAAUAUUGUUGUAUCAGGCUGUACAAGAUGUUCAAACUGAGCAAUUUUUAUAGCACCGCAGAGACGCAUUGUUUACAGUUUUUGAGAAAAUGACCCUACAAAUGGCUUACUUAUAGUUGUCUCUUCAUAUUAAGAUGGGAUUACAGAAAGUAUUUGAACACCGAAACAGUUACACACUUUAGUUUCACACUUUUUAAGAGAUAGUUCGCCCAAAAAUGAAAGGUUUUUCAUCAUUCAUGCCAUCCCAGAUGUAUAUGACUUUAUUGUUUCUGCAGAACACAAAGAAAGAUUUUUAGAAGAAUAUCUCAGCUUUGAUGGUUCUUUCAAUGUAAGUGAAUGGUGGCCAGAAAUCUGAAGGUCCAAAAAGCAGAUCAAAGUAAUCCAUAAGACUCUAGUGGUUAAAUGCAUACCUUCAAAAGAGAUAUGAUAAAGUUGUGGGUGAGAAAAAGAUCAAUAUUUAUCUUUUUACAAUAACUCUCCACUUUCACUCUCAGAUGUGAAAGUGAAGAUUAUAGUAAAUAUUGCUGGCCAACAUUCACUUUCAUUGAAAUGACCAACAUUGCUGAGAUAUUCUUCUAAAAAUUCAGCAGAAGCUGAAUUACAUAAACAGCUGGGAUGGCAUGAGGGGUGAGUAAAUGAUGAGAGAAUUUUCAUUUUUGAGUGAAUUAUCCCUUAAGCUUGUACUUGAUCAAUGUUUGCUUGAAUAAAACAGUGAAUUGACAUUUAUUUCCAUGACUCUUUAAAAAAAAAAAGAGCAUAACAAAAAGCAGAGAUAAUAAUGCUCAUGCAAUUUCACAGAAUACCAAAAAUGUUAUUCAGAUAUAUUUUUAAGAUGUGUACAAUUAUUAAUUUUACAUGCAAUGCACCAUAUUCCACACAAGAGGGCAGUAUAUGAUACAGAUUUCCACAGUGUUACAAUAGCCCUGUUCCAAAUUAUACACCGUAUACACUAUCCACUUGCAAUGUUCACUAUGCACUCAACUACGUAGUGUAUGAACUUUCAAAUUGUAGUUUUGUCCCAAGUGGAACACAAAAAUUUUUUUACUGCACCGAACACUUGCUGUUUCUCAGCUGAUGGAGGUGAUAUUUCAAACACACAUGAUAUGUUGAAGCUAUCUUUAGCGUUUUAGUCAAACUCAGUUCAACAAUUAUAUCUAAAAAAAACAAACAUAUUCAAACAUCUUGAGGUGAUGUUAAAACAUUCAACUCACAUUUAUAAGGUGCUGUCUUCAAAGAAGUUUAGCUUGUUACCACAUUCACCAUCAAUGAACUCCACUACAUAGGGCAAGCUGAGUCUGUUGAGUGCAUGAAGUGUCCAUCAUUCCAGUUGAAGUAGCCUACAUCAGAUGGGUACUCAUAGUAAUCCUUUUUUUGCAUUAUUAGUGAAAACAUACUACCUGCACUACUUACACUACAACAUGGUCAGAAUAGUGCAGAAGUGUACGAUUUGGGAUGCUGCUAUUGUCUUGAUUUGUUGACAGUGCCUUCACACAUUAGCACAAUGUGUAGACUUGAGUUGUUAUUUUCUCAUUCAUGCAUAAUGCUUCUAAUUAAGAUUAUAUUGACCAGACGUAAUACCAAUACAUUUGUGAACAUAUCAAGCUGAACUGGUUGCAAUAAAAUAAUCUUGUCUGAUAACUUAAGGUGUUUUUUUUAAUUCUGUUGACCUGACUUGUUUACACAUUAUUCCAAAGCAUACAUAAAUGCCAACUAGCACAGUACACCCAUACUGAAAUGGCCUAGUUCGUACCACAUCAUGUCACUGAAAAUGUUCAAUAAAUUGUAAGUCUAUUGUGUUUCCUAUGAUAGAGCAAACUGAGGAUUUAUAUACUCUGUUGCAUGAUUAAAAUGGGGAAUAGAGG